UAAUCUGAUAAAACACAAGUGAUAAUUUAUUAAGUCGUGUUGGAUCGACCGUCCUUGUUUUGCAGGACCAGCGUACUUUUAAAACACGUCUUUACAAGCAUCACAUGAAUACGGUGCAGUUGAAUAAUAAUCAGAAACGUGUCGGUGGCGCGCACGGUGUCCAGUUUUCGGCGACACCAGUCGGGUUGUCUCGGUGGUUUUAAUUGAACUGGUUUAUAACCAGCAUCGGGUUCGUCGAUAGACUGAAGAGAACACAGAAAGUAGAUAACCAGUAUCAUAUUACUGGAGGCAGAAAAAAACAAAACGAAACUAAACAGAAACGGUCUGACUGACAAGGCCGCGGUGCCUCUUUGCAGGAGCCUCGGCGUUUCCUGGAAUCGAGUCCGUGUCUGUCCGUCUUACAAGCGUCCCCAAAAACGAGACGCGGGACUCAGUUUUGUAGCCGCUCAGUACAUCCAAGCCACACACCUUGGUUUCUGCCCUCCCCUGCCCUCCCUGGGUGUGGCUGCAAUGCGGGUCUGGGUGCAAUGAGCUACACUGUGUGGUACACCAUGCAGAACAUCCAGAGCAAGUACUCUCUGUCGGAGCGACUCAUCAGAACCAUCGCGGCCAUCCGCUCCUUCCCUCACGACAACGUGGAGGAUCUCAUCCGGAGGGGAGCUGAUAUUAACAGCAUGCACGGGACCCUGAAGCCGCUGCACUGUGCCUGCAUGGUGGCCGAUGCUGACUGCGUGGAGCUGCUGCUGGAGAAAGGAGCCGAGGUGAAUGCGCUUGAUGGUUAUAACCGCACGGCGCUGCACUACGCCGCGGAGAAGGAUGAGAGCUGCGUGGAGCUGCUGCUGGAAUACGGGGCGGUGGCCGACGCCCUCGAUGGCAACCUGGACACGCCCCUGCACUGGGCCGCCUUCAAGGACAACGCGGAGUGCGCCCGGACACUGCUGGAGGGGGGCGCGUCCCCGGACCCCCGCGACUACAACCACGACACCCCUCUGAGCUGGGCCGCCAUGAAGGGGAACCUGGAGAGCGUGCGGGUGCUGCUGGAGUUCGGGGCGCAGGUUCGGGUCUCCAACCUGAAGGGCCAGAGCCCCGUGUCGCGGCUGGCCGCCCUGCUGGCCCGCGGGCUGGGCACGGAGAAGGAGGAGGCCUGCCUGGAUCUCCUGGGCCGGGCGGUGGGUCACCUGGACCUGCGCGACGGGGAGGGCAGGCUGCCCCGAGAGCUGGCCCGGGACCCCCAGCUCUGCCGCAGGCUCACCCAGAUGUGCGCCACCCCCCCCAGCCUGCGGGCCCUUGCGCGGUGCGCGGUCAGGAGCAGCCUCGGAGUGCGGCACCUGCCUCCGGCCGUCAGGGAGCUGCCCCUGCCCGAGUCUGUGAAGGACUACCUGCUGCUGCUGGACUGAGACACUGGGGAGAGCAGAGCAGAGCACAGCAAUACAACACAGUACAAUACAGUACAAUACAACACAAUACAACACAACACAGGACAAUAUAACACAAUACAACACAAUACAGUGCAAUACAAUACAAUACAGUACAAUACAACACAACACAACACAGUACAGUACAGUACAGUACAACACAACACAACACAGUACAAUACAAUACAAUACAAUACAAUACAGUACAGUAAAAUACAAUACAACACAGUACAGUCCUAAUAAACUGGCCAGGUAUAUAUUGAUUUGGUCACGUGUUUGUUUUUAUUUUAGUUUGGGUGAACUCUAUGGAGUUCCAGAAGUUGUGCUGCCAAAAAAAUAUAUAUAUAUAUACAUACGUUUUAAUAUAGAUACACAGAUAGGAAAUGUGGUCCAAUUCUGACACAGUGACUGACGGGGAAUGUGCACGGGGGUGACUCAAUGCAAUUGUUUUUUUUUUAAAUCUUGAUCAGAGGUAAUACCAGAAGGGUAAUUCUGAUUGGACGCACCGCACGUCAGUGUGGAUGAUCUGUGUACACAUGUCACAAGUUUAAUUCCAGAUCAGCCCUCCUAUUCACACCGUGGAGCCAGCGCUCUCGCACACCUGCAGCUAUGAUCGCCCCCCUCUGCACCGGACAGUGUGUGUCUGUGAGGGGUGCUGAUAGGGGCGGACCAGCUAAGGAGAAGGCGCCACUAAACUAGCAUAGAUCCUUACAAACAUUCAGGGACUUCGCGCUGUGUCAAUCUUGUAAUAUCUGUUCAUUUUGCGGUGAUGUAUUUAUGGUUCGUGUGAUUUAAAAAGCCAUGUGGCUGCUGUUAUUGGUGCAGCAGUUAUCAGGGGUCUAAAAGUGAUACCCCGCGAUGUGAUACUCGCGUUACCGGGGGCGAUGCUUCAGAUCCGCUUUCAAUAUAAAAGCGUGUAAUAUAUAUGUGUGUGUGUGUGUUUGCCAUUUUCAUUUCAUUUGUAGGCAUAUUUAAUACUGUUUACUCUAUGGGAUACAGGCAGUACAUUUUUCGAUUUUAAUAAACAUUGCUUCACUUGA